CCCGGCCCCCACCACCCCGCACGAGCUCCUCCGCAACACACCCAUCCCUGGGACCCGCCCUGCAGCGUCGACAGCGCGCCCGGCCGGCCGCUCGCAUCCAUGCUGCCCCGCAUCGCGCUGCGGAGCGUGCCGCCGCGUGCCGGCGUGCGGCAUGCCUCGUCGCUGGCCCUCGCCGGCGUGUUGCCGCAGACAAGGCUGGCCGCCGCAGCCGCGCCGCGCUGCAGCAGCACUCCGGCCUGGCGCUCGACGCUGCAUGCUGCGGCGCCCGCUCACCCGGUGCGCGUCCGGAUACCGGCCGUCCGCACCUACCGACACAUGGCCCGCGAUGCCGACGAUGCCGCGGCGCCAGCACAGCGCACGCCGGCGUCGCGCCCACAGUCGCCGGCGGCAGCAGCCGAGAGCGCUCCACCAGGCGCUGCCAAGCCUGGGCCUGCAGUGCCUCCCUCGCCCGCCGUGCCGACGCGGCCUGGCGCCGCCGCCGAUGUGACAGCGCACGCCGAGCUGUCCGUCAAGGAGCAGCGGGCCAAGGACUGGUCGAUCGUGAAGAAGCUCGUGGGGCACAUCUGGCCGCGCGGCGACUCGGGCACAAAGGGGCGAGUCGUGCUGGCGCUGGCGCUGCUGAUCGGCGGCAAGCUGCUCAACGUGCAGGUGCCCUUCUUCUUCAAGGGCAUCGUCGACUCGCUCUCGAACGCGGCGAACACGCCGCUCGACUUGAGCAACCCGAACACCGUCUGGGUGGUGGCAGGCGCCAGCAUUCUGGGCUACGGCCUCGCGCGCAUCGGAGCGGCCGCCUUCUCUGAGCUGCGCAAUGCCGUCUUUGCCAACGUGGCGCAGCGCUCGAUCCGCCGCGUCGCGCGCUCCGUGUUCACGCACCUGCUCUCGCUCGACCUGUCCUGGCACCUGUCGCGGCAGACGGGCGGCCUGACGCGCGCAAUCGACCGCGGCACCAAGGGCAUCUCGUUCCUGCUCACGUCGCUCGUCUUCCACAUCGUGCCCACGGCGCUCGAGAUCAGCCUGGUGUGCGGCAUCCUGAGCUACAAGUGCGGGCCGAGCUUCGCCGCCGUGACGGCCGUCACGAUGGCGGCGUACGCGGCCUUCACCAUCAAGACGACGAGCUGGCGCACAAAGUUCCGCAAGGAGGCCAACGAGGCCGACAACCGCGGCGCGAGCACAAGCGUCGACUCGCUGCUCAACUACGAGAGCGUCAAGUACUUCAACAACGAGGCCUACGAGAUCAGCAAGUACGACAGCGCGCUCAAGGCGUACGAGAAGUCGAGCGUCAAGGUCGCCACGUCGCUCGCUGCCCUCAACACGGGGCAGAACUUCAUCUUCAGCUCGGCGCUGACGGUCAUGAUGCUGCUCGCCGCGCAGGGCGUGGUGAAUGGCACCAUGACCGUCGGCGACCUCGUGCUUGUCAACCAGCUCGUCUUCCAGCUCAGCCUGCCGCUCAACUUCCUCGGCACCGUCUACCGCGAGCUGCGGCAGAGCCUGAUCGACAUGGAGACGAUGUUCAACCUCGAGAGCGUGCAGGUCAACGUGGCGGACAAGCCUGACGCCAAGCCGCUCGUCGUCGGCGGCGGAGAGAUCCGCUUCGAGAACGUCACCUUCGGCUACCACCCGUCGCGGCCCAUCUUCAAGGACUGCUCCUUCACCAUCCCCGCCGGGCUCAAGACGGCCAUCGUCGGCCCGAGCGGCUGCGGCAAAUCGACCGUCUUCCGGCUGCUCUUCCGCUUCUACGAGCCGCAGAGCGGGCGCAUCCUCAUCGACGGGCAGGACAUCCGCGACGUGACGGUCGAGAGCCUGCGCCGCGCCGUGGGCGUUGUGCCGCAGGACACGGCACUGUUCAACGGCGACAUCCGCGAGAACAUCAAGUACGGCAACCUAGCGGCGAGCGACGAGAUGGUCGAGGAGGCGGCCAAGCGAGCCAAGGUCGACCGCAUCGUGCGCAGCCUGCCCGACGGCUAUGCCACCAAGGUGGGCGAGCGCGGUCUCAUGAUCAGCGGCGGCGAGAAGCAGCGCCUCGCCAUCGCGCGCCUGUUCCUCAAGAACCCGGACAUCAUCUUCCUGGACGAGGCCACCUCUGCGCUCGACACGUUCACCGAGGCGUCGCUCAUGCGCGACCUCAACGCCUCGCUCCUCGAGACGCAGCGCACCGCCAUCCUGGUCGCCCAUCGUCUGCGCACCAUCUCGGAUGCCGACCUCAUCAUCGUGCUGCGCGACGGCGUCGUCGAGCAGCAGGGCACGCACGACGAGCUGCUCGCCAAGCCAACCUCGCUCUACGCAGACCUCUGGUCGUCGCAGAGCACAGUCGGCAUGGGCCACGGCGCAGGGGAGGGCGAGCGGGGCACCGAGCCGACCGCUGCUGCAGAGCCUGCCGCAGAGCCCACUGCGGGCAAGGCAGGCGCACAAUAGACAUCAUGCAUCGAUUCUGAGCCC